AUGAUUUUUACUCUAUGUUAUGUUAAAGGAAACGCUCUUGAUGUCGAAAAACAGGUGGAGAGAAAACAUCUGUUUCAAAAUUGUUCAAGUAAACAAGAUCGUUUUCGACAAAAGAGAUUGUUGGAUCAAUAUCGUUUAUUUGACAUGAAAGAGAGUAUAAUGAAAAACUAUACAAAUAAUGGCGUGAGAGAUGGACGAGAUGACGUCGUCGAAACUCCAAUAACACAUGUAGUCAGAGUACCGAAUUGUAUUCAGAUAGAUAAACAGCGAAGUUCAAUACAUCAUGAAGAAUGGAAAAAAGCAACACUUAGCAAACAGUUACAUGUGAAUCGUCAAAAUAGUUCGCGAUCAAUAACUCAGUUGAAAUUAGUUACGGAAAAAUUUAAAAAAUCUAAUUUAAGCGAAACUGAAACAUCGACAUCAAUAAAAUCCAAUAUUGAAGAAGGAUCUCAAUUAUCGUUAGAGGAUAAAUAUCGAUCGAUCAUGAUUAACUUAGAAUCGAGAAAAAAUAAUGUAGCGAAUGAUUAUGUUCUUGAUUAUGACAGACCUGUUCACAUUUCCGAACUAAGAUUCAACGUUGAUUCACAACAUUCAACAUUAAUCUCUGCACGUUAUUCUAAGAAGAUUGAAACACUACCAAAAAUAAAUAUAGGAAAACAACAACAACAAAAGCAGAUCCUCUAUGACAAUACACAAUUGCCCUCAAUUUAUGCUAACAGGAAGCAGUUUAUUGAUGAGACUCUUGCAUUAUCUAAUAUCAAAAUGAAGCAAAAUAAAAUGAUUCAAUUGAUAAGAAUUAAAAAUACUACACAACAAGAUGAAUUGUCACCGUUAGAUGAGCAUAGUUUAUCAAAAAAUGAUAGAGAAAGUGAAGAAAAAUAUCAACAAGAUUUAAUAGCAUUGCAGAAAGAAGAUCUACAAUCUGUCAAAGAAGUAAUCGAUCAUAUGCGGAUAGUAACAGUAACACCAUUUGAGACAAUAUCAGCGAGAAAAGCGUAUGAUUGGAAGAAAACUCUAGAAAAAAAUCGAAUCAUCGAUACAAGAAAAGAAAAGAGCGUACAAGUAUCAAAAAAAGUCCUACAUAAAUCAACUGAUGAAAAAGAUACCAUUUCCCACGAGAAAAAGAUUAAUGCAGGGGAAAAUGACAAUAUAGUUAAUAAUGGUGAUAAAGUGACAAAGAGAUUAUCACAAGAAAUGUACGAAAAUAAAUCAGAACAGAUACCAACAAGGAAAGAAGUUACCACCGUUAUUGAACAUUUUGAACAGAUCACUCGAUUGCAAAAAGAGUAUGGUAUUUUAGACAAAGGAAAAGAAUGUCAUCUACAAUCAAAAUCUGAUAAAAAUACAAAUAUUUUUCAAAUGCCAGAUAUUAGUGUAAUCAGACUAGUAGACACACAAUAUCAAAAUGAAAUGAAAUCAAUCAAAUCGCUUCAGAAUUUUAAUUCGAUGUAUAAUAAACAAUUUCAAUAUCAAAAUCAUCAAUCUCAAUACUCUUUAACAAAUCCACAAAUUCCUAAUUUCAGUUCGAUUGAAAUCUAUAUUCAGUUGAAACCCAUGAUGCCAAAACCGAAAACUUAUUGUUACAAAAUGCUCAUUCACAGACCCGAUUCUAAUACUCGAAACAAUCAAUUUCGUCAGAAUUAUCCUCAAAAGCAAAAUUCAUCCUGUUGCUCUCAAAUUCAACAGCAACAAAACUCGUUCAAAAUAGAACUCGCAUCACCAAUAGCUAUCAAACACGAAUUAACACCACUAUUACCACAAAAUUCUCAUCAAACUCAAAGACAAAUGAAACAAACAGUCGAUGAAAAUGAUCGUUCAAAUUGUCCAUUAUCAUCUUGUCUUUCCUGUUAUAAUAAUAAUCCUCCAUCGAGUCUACUCAUAUUCAAAACCCAUUCAAAAAAAUAUGAUCCAAAAUACUACAAAGAUAUUCAAGCGGUCACAUUGAAAUACACUGAAGAUUGUCAAUUAGCUCGAAACAGGUGGAUGUCACAAUUGACAACAUCACCCGAUAAUCCAUUACUUUACAUCAAUGAUGGUAAUCAUUCUCAACACAAUUAA